AUAGUAGUGCGUUACAAGCGUUUUAAGCUCUCACUCGAAGAUACUAGCAAGUAGCAACAAUGGCGUCAAGCACUGCAGCCACUAUGCUCAAAGCCUCACCGGUGAAAUCUGAUUGGGUGAAAGGUCAGAGUCUCCUCCUCCGUCAACCUUCCUCUGUCUCAGCUAUUCGCAGCCACGUGGCACCUUCCUCUCUCACCGUCCGUGCCGCUUCUGCUUACGCCGAUGAACUCGUCAAAACAGCUAAAACAAUCGCGUCUCCGGGACACGGAAUUAUGGCGAUGGAUGAGUCAAACGCGACUUGUGGAAAGCGUUUGGCGUCAAUUGGGCUAGAGAACACGGAGGCUAACCGUCAAGCUUACCGGACGUUGCUUGUGUCGGCUCCAGGACUAGGACAGUACAUUUCCGGAGCUAUCCUGUUCGAGGAGACUUUGUACCAAUCCACCACCGACGGCAAGAAAAUGGUUGAUGUUCUCGUUGAGCAGAACAUCGUCCCUGGCAUCAAAGUCGACAAGGGUUUGGUGCCACUUGUUGGGUCUAACGACGAGUCAUGGUGCCAAGGACUUGACGGUUUAGCCUCUCGUACCGCUGCUUACUACGAACAAGGUGCUCGUUUCGCCAAAUGGCGUACUGUUGUGAGCAUUCCAAAUGGACCCUCUGCUUUGGCUGUUAAAGAAGCAGCUUGGGGACUUGCUCGCUACGCCGCUAUUUCUCAGGACAGCGGUCUGGUGCCGAUUGUGGAGCCAGAGAUUCUGUUGGACGGAGAACACGGCAUUGACAGGACAUACGAGGUUGCAGAGAAGGUUUGGGCUGAGGUCUUCUUCUACCUCGCUCAGAACAACGUCAUGUUCGAAGGUAUUCUCCUUAAGCCGAGCAUGGUUACUCCAGGAGCUGAGGCUACAGACAAGGCUACUCCCGAGCAGUUCUUGUCUGGUGGACAGUCAGAGUUGGAGGCGACCUUGAACUUAAACGCAAUGAACCAGGCACCGAACCCAUGGCACGUGUCCUUUUCCUACGCACGUGCCUUGCAGAACACUUGCUUGAAGACAUGGGGAGGCAGGGAAGAGAACGUGAAGGCAGCUCAGGACGUUCUCUUGGCCAGAGCCAAAGCCAAUUCGCUGGCUCAGCUCGGGAAAUACACAGGAGAAGGCGAGUCCGAGGAAGCCAAGGAGGGUAUGUUUGUAAAAGGCUACACCUAUUAAGCUAUUUGUAAUAAUGGUUCCAUAGAUCAAAAAUCAAAAACUUGAGCUUGAUUCUGGUGUUUUGAGUUAUUAUUAUACUCUUCUUCAUUAUAAGGGGUAUAGAAGUCAGUUAUGUGUCAUCAUGUGAGACUAGUUUUGUUUCUUCAUGGUUUAAUAUGAUCGUUUUCUGCUAUCUUUGUACCUACUCGUUACUACUAAUAAUUCAAAAGCUCUGGC